UUCGAAAUACACGAUCUUUGGCCGUGACCUGUCAACCAGGAAGCGGCGAGUCCUGGAGACAACGCCGCUGAAUAGAAUCUGCAGGAGGCACCGGCCGUUGAUGUCAGUACUGUAGCAGGUGUCUCUGCACACUGAAUUAGCCAGGGGACCAUGUUUGUAUCACAUCUGGAGCUGUGGAGAACAUACUGGGAGUUUGUUUCCAGGCCUUACACGGUGCUCAUCUGCUCCCUCACGGCCGCAGUUUACUAUCUGUGGGGCCGCAAGUGUCAGACACCAACCCUGAUCUGCAGUGAGGCUUUCAGCAUAUUCCUCCACAAACACUGUCCUGUGGUGGCCGAGCGCUUCAGCCCCACUCCCUGGUGCUGGGGAGGUCGCCUUCAAACCCUUGUCUUUGCUUUUUUCAAAUCCAGGCCCCCGGUCACAUAUCGCAAUGAGCUCAUUCGUACCGGUGAUGGCGGUCAGAUUUCUCUGGACUGGGUGGACAACGAGGCCAGCGCUGCAUACCCAGAGUCCUCUACUCGCCCCACGGUGCUGAUCCUCCCAGGCAUAACAGGCAACAGCCAGCAGCCAUAUGUGCUCCACGCUGUCAGCCAGGCCUCCCGCCGUGGCUACAGAUGUGUGGUCUUUAACAACAGGGGAGCUGCAGGGGAAGAACUGUUGACGCCUGUCACCUACUGCGCAGCCAAUACCUCAGACCUGGAGUGUGUGGUGCAACAUGUCAGAGGACUUUACCCAAAAGCCCGAGUGCUUGGUGCUGGUGUUUCUAUGGGAGGCAUGUUGUUGUUGAACUACCUGGCCCGUAAGCGCAGAGAGUCAGGGAUGGUGGCGGGUCUCACCAUCUCUGUCCCCUUUGAUGCACAGGCGUCGUCUGUCUCAAUGGAAGAGCCUCUCAACUGGCUGCUCUUCAACAAAGUCCUCGCAAUGGGCCUCUGUCGUACUGUCAGAAAGCACAGGAAGAUUUUGGAGAAAGUCGUGGACGUUGACUAUGUCUUGAAGUCACAGACUAUCCGUGAGUUUGAUGAACGCUUCACCAUUGUGCAGUUUGGUUAUAAAUCCUGUACAGAGUACUACCGCGAUGCCAGCCCAGGCAAAAAGCUCCCUAGCACAGCAGUACCCAUCUUGUGUCUCAAUGCUGCUGAUGACCCCUUCUCCCCUCAGAGAGCCUUUCCACUGACCAUCAUCCAGAGCCUGCCUAAUGUUGCCCUGUUGUUGACGGCUCACGGCGGACACAUCGCCUUCCUGGAUGGUUUGUUUCCCCGCGGUGAGACCUACAUGGACCGUCUGUUUGGUCAGUUCAUCCAAGCCGUCUUUGACCACCCCGAGGACUUGAACCAAGCCUGUGGCAUCAAUGAGGAGCCGAUGAGCUGAUCAUCUUUGACGAUCCCAGUUCUCAUUGCUUUGCUCUGAACCUGACUAAGAAAAACCCUGGCAGUAGAACAACAAUGAUCAAAAAAUGUAUGGCUUUGGUUUGCAUGCUGCUAUUCUGCCAUAAAAAUGUUGAGAUGCAUCCCCUACAUGUUUGCAUAGAGCUAGAUAAUGACCAGCUGUAUUGUACAAUCCUAUGACCUCACUGCAAGUCUGCUAAUCUACCUCCUUCCAUUUUAAUUAGAAGUCAAAGUGUUAUGUUGAAAAAAAACAUGAUCCUGUUGGUGUUUAAAAUAGUAGUGGCACUAUUAGAAAACAAUACAUGAAAACAGUGACUUUCCGUUUGAAAAUCUGUCAGUCUCUGUAUUUCGGCCUUACAGGACUUGUGUAAGUGUAAGGUGCCUUGAAGGAAGACCCCCCCACACACACACAUUUUAGCUCUGCAUGCAGACUUUAGCUGUACACAUGAUCGUGGACUUACAGUAAUUUAGUUAGUUUGUUCAUAUUGUGCCAACUUGCAACACAACCAUCUUAAGAAACUGCAGACUUACAAUAUACACAAUAUAACAGCUAACAGCUAAAUAAACCCCACCACGUCACACAGAGAAACAUGUUUCCUUAUAAUAAGGACCAAGUUAACACAUAUAAAGUAUUGGUCCAAACACAGAGCCCUGUGGCACUCCAUCACUUAAAAAUACUCAUACUGAAAAAACAAUUGGAAUCUAUCUUAUAGAUACGAUUUAGAAGGCUAGGAAAGAUAUUGUUUCCCAAAGAAGAGUGAGAUUCUUGGCAGGAUAUUGGAUGAUCAUUAGUCAAAAGCCUUGAAUCAGGAGUAAGUGAUUUAUGACUGAUGUAAUAUACCGUUUCUAUGUGUGCACAUUGUUACUUGGAGAACAUGAAGGAAUGAUGUCAGUUCUUUGGCCACUUGAUCUGUUUACGUAAGGAUUAUUUAAGUGUAUUUUGUAGGUAUUGAAGGUAUUUAUCUGAAAUGUAAUGACUGAUUGUAGGUCUCGUUAUGCACAGUCAUACUGAUGGGACCAGUCGCUAUGUCUGUACGUUAUUUUUGAAUAUGAAGAACUUCUUAAUAACUUGUAUUUCCAGUAGUUGAUGAUAGUUCAAAGUCACCACCUCAUUAAUUCAUUACCAAGUCAUUUUUAUUGAAUGUAAUUUUGAAUCAUAUAUUAUAGCUGUUUGACAUCUGUGACUCGUGAACAUGAUAAUGGAAGAUGUUUAGUAGCUAUCGGUGCUAAUUUAUUGACUGAUGAGCUGAUUCUCGGCUCUUCACAGGUGUUUAUGACAUUCGCUGGCCUUUAUUUGCUGUGUUUUUGUUGAAAGUUUGUUUCUUUUAGUUUCACUUCUGUAUGAGCUGUAACCACAAUCACAGUGUUGUAGGGCAUUGUUUUUUCUUAAAUACUGAAUUGCACUGAAAUGAAAGAAUGACAUUAAAAUGAACCGUGAUGUCACAGGA